AUGGACCAUUCUGGUACUACUGUGCAUGUAAUGAAGGCAAAUGAAAAUGAAAAUGAGGAUAAUUGUUCUGUCAAGUCAAACAUGUCAGUCGAAGGGGAAGAAGGUAUUGACCUAACUGAAAUUAAGAGUUCAGAAGAAAUCAACAUGGAAGGAAUAACCUAUGAAGGAGUAAUUCAGGGUAAUGGAAAUGAGGAAGCCACAGAAGGUGAUCAAAAAGAUGAUGAAGAUGAUAAUGUCCCAGAUGUGAAAGGAAGAAUGAUGUUUAUGAAGACAUACUUGGAAGAAGCAGUUUCCAAUUCUAGGUUCACCAACCCUCAACAAUUAAAAUUUGUGAUUUGUAAUUAUGCUCUAGCAAAUGGAUAUCAAUUGUACUUUGAAAAAACGACAAUAAAAAGUUAUUGGUUAAGUGUAGUAAUGGUCAAUGCAUAUUUAGGCUUUGGGCGUCAUGGAUGA